AUGCAGCGGCUCCCCGUCAUCAUCACUGCUGUACUGAGACACAGACACACAAGAUACACCGGGAUUCCUCCUGUUAUUUAGCAUCACUUGUGUCGGGUCGGAAUGGAGAUGUUGAACAAUCGACUAAAAUAAGGAAAAGUCCUGCUGAGCUCAAGAUGGUGUCGUGGAUCAUUUCGCGGAUGGUGGUCCUUGCUUUCGGGACCCUCUAUCCUGCCUAUUCCUCAUAUAAGGCUGUGAAGACGAAAAAUGUCAAGGAAUAUGUGAAAUGGAUGAUGUACUGGAUAGUGUUCGCUUUAUUCACAACAGCAGAGACCAUCACAGACAUGCUUCUCUCUUGGUUUCCAUUUUAUUUUGAGCUGAAGAUUGCCUUUGUUAUCUGGCUCUUGUCCCCGUACACCAAGGGCUCCAGCGUGCUGUACCGCAAGUUUGUGCAUCCCACGCUGUCAAAUAAAGAAAGGGAAAUCGAUGAGUACAUAACUCAAGCUAAAGACCGCAGUUAUGAUACCAUGAUGCGGUUUGGGAGGAGAGGACUCAACAUUGCAGCUACUGCAGCAGUCACAGCUGCCACAAAGGGUCAGGGUGUGUUAUCAGAGAAGCUGCGCAGUUUCAGCAUGCAGGAUCUGACUCUGAUUCAGAAUGAAGACGAGCUGCAGUUGGACGGUGGAGAUGACACACACACUGCAGCCACGCUACCUCGUGCUAAAACAGCAACUCGCACAGUUCGUGCCACACCCGUACCAGCGGACACUGAGUCACAGCACAGCUCUCGCUCUGAUGAUCAGUCAGAUAGCAGGACUGAGCAUUCAGAUGAGGAUGCAGCUGAUAAAGCCCCCAAACGCAUCGCAAGCACCAGAGCAGCCAAGAAACCAGCUGCUGCCAAGACAGAGCAGACCACCAAGACGGUGAAGAAAGCGCCAAAGAAGAAAACCACCACGGCUAACAACGUUGCUGAAUCGCCAUGAGCCACACAGCGCUCAUCCAUCCUUGGACAACAGACAUUCACAUGCUUUCCCAUAUUAUUAACACCCAACCAUUAGUGCUCUUUGCUUUUAAUGAUGCGUACUGACAGACACAAACACACACAACAUAAGAUGCGUCACUUGAGGCUGUUUUUAAUUUAGGUUUACUGCGGUAAGUUUAGACAUUCAUUUUUCAUGUUAUAACGGCAGUGUUUCUGCGUCGUCUUUUCUGUAGGCCUUAAUAUUAGAGUGUGCAAAGCCUGAGAUCUGGAAGCAGUGCCUGCACAUGAUCAUCAUACAUCAUCACUUUAGUUCAGGCGUAACCAACCCUGUUCCUGGAGAUUGACCUUCUUGCUGAUUUCAGUUGCAACCCAUAUCAAACACACCUGCCUGUAAUUAUCAAGUGCUGUUCAGGUCCUAAUUAAUUGCUUCAGGUGUGUUUGAUCAGGGCUGGAGCUGAACUUUGCAGGAAGGUCGAUCUCCAGGAACAGGGUUGAGCACCACUGUUUUAGACUAUUCCUGUUUUCCCUAAUACAGGCCAGUUUACUUUUUUUAGCAUGUAGGACACGCACUACGGGAGGAAGGAGAAACGGGAGCAGAAAAGCUGGGCUAUUAAUUGAAUUAGAAACAGACUUGAUUUACAACACAUAUACAGUGUCCGUAGAGAUUUCUGUAGUCGCUCUGAGCAGUUCUGUUCUCAUUCUGGGUCAUUGUGCAUCCUGAGAUUUGUCGUGAAUAUUGAUGAUCUCAGAGGUCAGAUGUUUACUAGAAGCUGCAGGAUCUUCCCAGGUGUCAAAUCCAGUUCCUGGAGAGCCGCAGCUUUGCACAGUUUAGUUCCAACCCUAAUUAAACACACCUGAUCAAACUAAUUGAGUCCUUCAGUUUUGGUUGAAACAUACAGGGAAGUGUGUUGAAGCAGGAUUGGGACUAAACUGUGCAGAGCUGCGGGCUUCCAGGAACUAGAUUUGAUACCUGUGUUUGCUCUUGCUUGUUAAUAGUGCGUUUGUUCAGAGCUAUUUGGUGUGCGUACGCUUCCCUGGUUCUAAUUGAACACCCGUGUAGUGUGAGGUUACACAUUUUGAAAGUAUUAUAAAGAAGUCCUAUGGUAGGGCACAAGAUGAAAACAAAAUCACAUUUUGUCACUUAAGUUUGAUCUCUGAAGACUCCAUUUUUUUUUUUUAAAGUCAACCGUUUCAGUGCUGCAAAUUAUUUAUUUUAUUGAUGUAUUUUGUUUGUCGAACUCUAAUAAUCCAUAAAAAAAUUUUAAUGAUGCACUGAGCAGUUGGGAGUCAACAGAUUCGUUGUGGGCAAAAUGAUCAACCCCCAGAUGUGGAAAUUAUUUUAAAAAUGGACUAGAGGGUUUUCGGGCCAACAUAUUAUUAUUUUUUUUAAGACCUCCCCCUAUUGGUUCUCUUGAAACUGCAUUCAGUCCUAAAUCCAGAUGUGGACCGAUGUGUUUCCCAGCACAGCUGUUCAGAAGGAUUAGGUAUUUGGUGCUGAUCUUGACUUUAGCUGUUACUGCAUUACAACAUGCAGAACUAUUGAGAGCAGAUAGGUGGCGCUGCUGUACAGCAAAACGGCACAUUAAAAGAAUACACGCAGAUGAAGAGUAGGUUUAAAUCCGUUGGUUAAUUAGCCGAAAUAUACCCUAAUAAAUGUUAAUUUGUAUAAUACUAUUGACUGUACAAAGUCUGCCUUACUCUGAUAGGCUUUUUAAGUUCAUGUUUACAUAUAGUAUGUCAUUUUGUAGGAUAGAAUGUACAGAAACUUUAAUUUUGUUGUAAAAAGUGCUAUUUGUUUAUGUGCAUAUUGGUGUGGUUUUAAUUUACGAUGUUUUGUCUUCUCUCUGCCUUUUUUUUCCUUUUGUUUGAGAAGGACUUUUGAUCAUUUUACAGUUUAUUUCAACAAUGCAAAUCAUAUGUCAGUCUUACUUUAAACACUCACACGUGUAGUUUAUAGCAGACGGAUGUUUCUGUUGAAACACGCGGUUUAGAAAUGACAGAUCUGUCAUGACACAAUGCUGACUUGAAUCAUCAUGAUCAAUAAUUCAGUCUUGCUGAUUGGCGACAUGACAUUUUUCUGUGUCUCAGUCUCCUGAGUAAUUCAUCUUUGUUUGUUUUUUUUAAAUAAGAAACUUUGAGAUUUGUUUUUCUUUUAAUUAAAUGCGUGUGGUUGAUGCUCACCAACCCACACAAAAACGACUGUCAGUCUCACUCCUCAGUCUGUUCUUUGUUCUUUUCUUUUUCCUCUCCUUUUCCCCCCUUUUGUUUGGUAUUUAUUUGCAUAAUCAGAAAUGACAAUAAGUUUGUUUUCUUUUAAUUCGCCAAGGCUUGCGCUGAGUGAGACAUGACAAAUUGAACAUUCACUUUUUCUUUGAUGUUUUUCUGCAUUGUGUUGGAAAUUGGUAUUAUUGCAUAUACAGAUUUGAUCUGAGAGAAUAGUCAACCUUAAUAUAUUGUUUGUGCCAAUUCUCAAUGCUCUUAAUAUAUUACAAGAAUGAAAAAGAGACUGCUGCUACGUGUGUACUAACUGACCUUGAAAUACUAUUCAAUAAAAAUGCAAUUACUUCCUGAA